GCUCGACAUCGUAGGCACUGGACCAGCACCGCGCUGACUCCCCAGGCCACUCUCUACGUAGACGGCGCUCCAGCUGUAUUCUCAAGCAACGUCCCUGGCUGUCCGUUCGCGCAUCGAUAUCGUCCUUCCUUUCCACACUCGACGAUUGAUGAAGCCAAGCCCUCUCUCGCAACAGCAGCAGCAGCAAGACAGUCAGGGCGUUUCGUUGAGAUGCAAGAGAUGCCCCGGCCAGUCUAGACGCAUCGCUUUGGCGGGCAGCUGCUAGUUCCCCCGAUUUCCGUGUGGUCCAAAAAAGUGCGCCCAGAACUUGCUUCCAAAAAGGGAGACAGGGAAAUAGAAACGGGAAAGGGGAGGGAGAGAGUGGAGGAAAAGAAGAGAAAAAGUAGUUCAUUACCUCAAAACGAUCACGAAGCAACGAGCAACAAAAAGGAGCGAGGCAAGAUGGCUCCUGCACACAGAUUAGCAUGUCGAACGGCUGGGCUCGCAGGCAGGCUCGCGCGAUCAGCUGCAUCGUCCUCGUCAGUAGCGCCACGCCUCGCCUCGGCUGUCGCUGCACCAAGGUACCACCGGAAUUUGUCGACGAGCCGCAUCGUCCGGCUUCCCUCUGACGAUCCUGGCGGCAAGCCAAACGACGGCUCCUACCCGACGGUGUAUGACGAUUUCAAGAACAUCACGGCCUCCGACCAGCCCCAGCUGUCUGUGCACUCGCUGGCCGAGGACUGCAUCACCCUCUCCGACGGCCUCGUGGUCCACCAACCCGCUAUCCUCCUCAACGGCCAAGCACUCCUCUGGGACGCACCUCUGCUGGACCUAAACAGAGCCAUGCCGUCUGGGCCUGGGUGGGAGGCGUGGUCUGACGAGGCAUGGAGGGUCUUUGAGAUCUGCACGCCACGACCCGAAAUCAUCAUCUUUGGGACAGGCAAGCGGGUGCUCCCGCCGCCCGCCUCGGUGAAGCGCUACCUCAACACGCUCGGCAUCCAGCUCGAGGCGCACGACACGAGAAACGCAUCGUCGACAUACAACCUCCUCACCGAAGAGGGCCGGCUCGUCGCGGCAGCCCUCAUUCCGGCCACAAGGAAGCCGACAAAGAGGGUGAUCUCCGGCACGGCGGCAUCGGACGGUGCUACUACAGGAGCGGAAAAGGAGACGGAGCAGCUCAAGGGCGCGGCAGUGCUCUCAUGACCCAUGCCUUUUUUCACUUUCAGUUGUAUAAUCACGAGUCUCUUAAUCUUGCUGUUCUCGCCGAGCAUCUGAUCAUUUCUUUCUUGCCAAGUACCUCCCACGGGCAAGGCCCAGCAGC